GUCCUUAUUUUGAGGGCAAGCCGCCCUCCACGGACAUCACCGACCCGACCGACGACGAGCUCUUCGCGGGGAUCACCUUCGACGGGGCUGCGAGCAGAGCAGCAUUCGAGUUCAUCGAUGAGAACACGACGUGCUACUUCGACAUGCUGAAGUCCGAGCUUGCCGAUAGUGAAGGUCGUCGCAGGCUCACUACCCAGAUGCUGGACUGCUUCGUGGCGAAACAGAAGCAGAAGGACAAGAUCGAGUUCCACUGGAGCAAGCUGUCCUCCUCCGAGAAGGACGAGUUCUGCAAGGCUAUGAUGAAGGAGGUCACCAAGUGGAAGCAGUACAAGGGCUUGCGACCUGUUCCGAUCUCUGAGGUGAAGGACCCUGCGGGCGUGAUUCGCUGUCGGUGGGUGCUGACCCGCAAGAGCGACGGAACUGCGAAGGCUCGCUUCGUUCUCCUCGGAUUCCAGACCAAGGACAUUGGACAGGAGCCGACGGCAUCGCCGACGGGCUCCCGCGGGGCUAGGAACAUCCUCCUCACGGUGGCGGCCGCGCACCCGUGGAGCAUCGUCAAGGGCGACGUCACCAACGCGUUCCUCCAGGCCAACGACCUCAAGAAGGACCUCUUCUUGGAGGCGGAUGAAGCACUCUCGGCAACUUUCGGCGUCCAACCUGGUGAAGUCCUUCGGGUCGUGAAGCCGGGCAGUGGCAGCAGAGAGGCACCAAGGAAGUGGUGGCAGACUGUGAAGCUGGAUUUCGCGAAGCUCGGUUUGCAGGCAUGCGACUUGGAACCUUGCCUCUGGUGCUUGCGCUGCCCCGAGACCAAAGAACUUCUGGGCCUCGUGAUGCGCCACGUGGACGACUUCAUCCUCUGUGGUGACCGAAGCCACCUCGCUUGGCGAAAAGCACUGAAGGGCAUCAAGGAGCUCUACACCUGGGGCACCUGGGAGGACAUGGACGACGCGAUCGACUCCAUCGAGCAGUGCGGGGUCUCGAUCGUGGCGAACGACAGGGGCUUCUUCCAGCAUCAGCAGAGCUACAUCUACAAGCUGAAGGAAAUCUUCCCGAAGCACCCGAAGAUGGACAGUCUCAAGGCGGACAUGUCACGGCGCUCAGCACGUCCGAAGGGCCCUUCCAUCCACCACGUCUGCGACUUCACGGUCCUGGACUGGGGUUCUCGUAAGCUGAAGAGGGUGGCCCGCUCAAGCUUAUCGGCAGAGAUCCAGGAGGCUAGCGACGCCGAGGGCGAGCAGAUGACGGUACGACAGGUGCUGUACGAGGUGCUCUACGGGAGGUUUGAUCUUCACGACCGCCACGGAGCUCUCCAUCGCGUACCGGGUGCCCUCGUGAAGGGCUGCAAGGCGUUCUACGACGGCGUGGUGAAGUCCGAGUCGGCCAGGUUAGGCCUCGACGAGAGGCGGACGGCCAUAGAGGCGCUCGCUUUGCGCCGCGCCCUCGAGGAGGGCGGCACCCUUGCACGCUGA